CUGCGGCAUGUGACCAUCUUGCAUGUGACGUAAUAGCUGAGUGAGAAGUUUUGGUUUCCAAAAAGCAGUUCGGAAUGAUCACUAAAUCGUUGAGUUUCACUAUGGAUUAGAAAAUAGUUGGAAGAAACCAAGGAGUUGUGUGCUCGUGAUAGUAGUUUAUUGGUUGAUGUAAUGUAUAUUAUUUUGAUAGUAAUUCUUUUUUUAUUAUACAAAGAUUAUUCAUAACGUCGAAAAAAAUACUGCAACUUUAAAUGUGUUCUUGUACCAAAAGUGUACGGUGUGUUUGAUGUGAAAGCUAUUGGUUGCAGAGCGUUAGACGAAUCAAAUUUUAAGUGGAUUAUCGAUACUCUGAGGACAUGAAUUGUAAGAGUUCUGAUGAUUGGGGAAUCUUAGCUGAGCUGCAGUACAGACGCUCAUCUGCUCUCGCAAAUUUUAGCUUUAAAACUGCCUCUCUGGAAAAGCUUGCUUCAGGUCUGCGUAUUUAUGGAGAGAAUGAAACUAAAGAGUCGCCUGCACAAAAUGGUAGCUUACAAUUUAAAAAGCUACCUGAAGCACCUGAAUAUGCCGAAAAGGAGGAAGAUGAAGUGGAGCUGUCUGAAGCUGAGAAAUCAUUAAUGCGUAAAAUUUUAAGGACAAAGCUUUGUGAAAGUUCCCAAGAAGUUGAAGUAUUAAGGAAAGAUAAAAAAUCCCCACUUUAUUCUGUGAAGUCCUUCGAACAGUUGCAAAUACCUAACGAGCUGUUGAAAGGUGUGUACGCUAUGGGGUACAAUGCACCAUCUAGGAUUCAAGAAACGACGUUACCCACUCUUUUAGCGAAUCCUCCCGUAAAUAUGAUAGCACAAGCUCAAACUGGAACGGGCAAGACAGCUGCCUUUAUUAUAGCUAGCUUAAGCCGAGUUAACGUUGAUGAACAUUUCCCACAGGUACUCAUUUUGGCUCCCACUUUUGAAUUAGCCAAGCAGAUUGGCGAUGUUGCCCAGAAAAUGGCCCAGUUUUGCAAAGGUAUUGAAUUCCGGUAUGCUGUCAAGGGAGAGAUGCUGGCCAAGAAUGAAACUGUUACAGAACACAUUCUUAUUGGAACUCCUGGCAAAGUUUUUGAUUGGGGAAGACGCUAUCACGCAUUCGAUCUGCAAAAAAUUCGUGUUUUCGUGUUAGACGAGGCAGAUGUUAUGAUUUCCACGCAAGGCCACCAAGACCAGUGCAUUCGCAUACACAGGCUGUUAUCUGCAGAUUGCCAGAUGCUGCUAUUUUCUGCCACUUACACAACUGAAGUAAUCGAAUUUGCAGAAUUGAUUAUUCGUGAUCCGAUUAUUAUUCGAUUAAGAAGAGAAGAAGAAACUCUAGACAACGUGAAACAGUAUUACAUCGUAUGCAAAUCUAUGAAUGAAAAAUAUUCUGCUUUACGUAAUAUAUAUGGCACGAUUUCAAUAGGACAGGCGAUAAUUUUUUGCCGAACUAAGUCGACUGCUGCUUGGUUAGGCGGCAAAAUGACAGAAGAUGGCCAUAGUGUGGGUUACCUCUCCGGUGACCUAGAUGUUACUCAAAGACUAGCUGUCAUUACCCGAUUCAGAGAUGGAAAAGAGAAGGUUCUUAUCACGACCAAUGUGUGCGCACGUGGCAUUGAUGUGGAGCAGGUGACAGUUGUAAUUAAUUACGAUCUGCCAGUCCUAGUGGAUCGGGAAACUGAUUUUGAAACAUACGUGCAUCGUAUUGGGCGCACUGGCCGCUUUGGGAAACCGGGAAUUGCUAUCAACAUGGUUUCUAAUGAAAGGGAUUCCGAAAUAAUUAAAGAAAUCCAAAACCAUUUUGAGAAACCCAUCAAAGAAGUUAAAGCAGAUGAUGCCAACGAUUUGGAAGAAAUGGGCUGUUAAUGCAGAAGUGGUUCCUGUUUGGCAUACUUCCCCAUAGUAAUAAAACGUGUAUUGUUUCAAAAAUAAAUAAUUUAAAGGAAUA